ACUGCCACAGGCAGGACUACUAAUAGCCAGCACUGAAUCUCUGCUGUUACAAGAGGAAGAGCCAUUGCAACUAAUUACUAAGUGGGGACAAUGACCGAGCCCAGCAGCCGAAAAGAGGGAUUUAAAAAAUGCAGGAGUGCCACUUUCAGCAUUGAUGGCUUCAGCUUUACCAUAGUUGCAAAUGAAGCUGGUGACAAAAAUGCAAGACCUCUGGCACGAUUUGCAAGGUCAAAAUCUCAGAACAGCCUAUGGAAUAGCAUUAUUAGUGGACUGAAUCUCAAGGAAAAACAGAAGCCAACGAUAGCCACUGAUCCUCGCAGCCCUGAAGAGAUUUUAGCUGAUGAAUUGCCACAGAUCGAAAGCCCAGAUGCAAUUCCGAAAGCGUCAAUCAGGUUACGAUGUCUGGUAAAACAGCUGGAAAGAGGAGAAGCAUCUGUGGUAGAUCUGAAAAAGAAUCUGGAAUAUGCAGCAACUGUGCUUGAGUCAGUUUAUAUUGAUGAGACAAGACGUUUACUGGAUAAUGAAGAUGAGCUCAGUGACAUCCAGUCAGACUCAGUACCCUCAGAAGUGCGGGACUGGCUCGCUUCUACAUUUACCCGACAAAUGGGGAUGAUGUUAAAGAGAACAGAGGAGAAGCCGCGGUUUAGAAGCAUUGUUCAUGCAGUUCAGGCUGGAAUAUUUGUGGAAAGGAUGUACAGACGAACUUCAAACAUGGUGGGACUCAGUUAUCCUGCUGCAGUCAUUGCUGUAUUGAAGAAUGUUGACAAGUGGUCCUUUGAUGUAUUUGCACUAAAUGAUGCUAGUGGCGAUCAUGCACUUAAAUUCAUAUUUUAUGAAUUACUCACGCGUUAUGAUUUGAUCAACCGCUUCAAGAUACCAAUAUCUGCACUUGUAUCUUUUGUGGAGGCGCUGGAAGUUGGAUAUACCAAGCAUAAAAAUCCAUAUCACAACCUGAUUCAUGCAGCAGAUGUUACACAAACUGUUCAUUACUUUCUCUUUAAGUCAGGGUUAGCGCACUGGCUUACAGAACUGGAGAUAUUUGCAAUGAUAUUUGCUGCUGCAGUCCACGAUUAUGAGCACACCGGCACUACAAACAACUUCCACAUCCAAACAAGAUCAGAUUCAGCUAUUCUGUACAAUGACCGAUCUGUACUUGAAAAUCACCAUGUAAGUGCAGCAUACCGCCUGCUUCAGGAUGAUGAGGAAAUGAAUAUACUGUAUAACCUUUCCAAGGAUGACUGGAGGGAAUUCCGGGCCUUGGUGAUUGAGAUGGUGUUGGCCACAGAUAUGUCCUGUCACUUCCAACAAAUCAAAGCAAUGAAGAAUGCUUUGCAGCAGCCGGAAGGGAUUGACAAGCCAAAAGCCUUAUCCCUGCUACUGCAUACAGCAGACAUAAGCCAUCCAGCUAAAAACUGGGACCUCCAUCAUCGGUGGACCAUGUCAUUACUAGAAGAAUUCUUCAGACAGGGUGACAAAGAAGCAGAACUUGGCCUUCCAUUUUCUCCACUGUGCGAUCGCAAUUCAACAAUGGUUGCCCAAUCCCAAAUAGGUUUUAUUGACUUCAUUGUGGAGCCGACAUUCACCGUGUUAACAGACAUGACAGAAAAGAUUGUAAUUCCACUCAUCGAUGAGGCAUCACGAUCUGGGCUCGCAGGAUUUAGGAGAUCUAGUUUGAACAGCAUAACCCCCUCAGAUGUAAAAAGAUCAAGUGUGAAGAGCACUGGAUCAGAAGGAAGUGCCUCUAUGAAUUGUUCAAUCCUCACUGUGGACUUCAAAAGUUUUAAAAAUAACUGGUAUGAAGUGGUGCAACAGAACAGAGAAAAGUGGAAGGCACAGGCAGCCAAAGAUGCAGAAGAAAGAGCAAAAAGAGAUGCCGAAGACAGCAAAUUGCAAGAAAAGGAUGAUAAAAAGAAUGAUGAGAGAGAAGAAAAGAAUGAAAAUGAAAAAUCCUCACAAUCUAAACAUGAGGCAAAUAAAGAAACAAACUCCAGUGAUGGCAAACACAUUGAAUCUAGUCAGGGAAAUAUUAAUGGGACUCGAUUACCAAUUGUAAACAGACGAGACGAUUCCUCAGGACAAAGUCAAAGUAAAGAGAAGUCUGGUGAAAGUGACGGGAAACAGCAAGUGCAAAAUGAUAAAGAAGAAUAACAGAGAAUGCCAAUAAAUUGCAUCCUUCUAGCUUUGCUUCUUCAUUCUAUUCCUACUUCCACAAAGACAAGUCUAUUGGAAAUACAAGGCAUUAGCUUUAUAAGCAAGGCAUCCACUGGCUCAUUUACAGUUAAAGACUAGUUUUUUGUGUAUUUUUUUUAGCGCUCUCCUUUUUUUUCUUGAAAUAAAUAUAAAACUGACUUGGCUUUUUACACAACAGGCAACAUCAGCAGGGGAACUGUAAAGCAUUAUAACAUUAUGUUGGGGCUUAGGAACCCUUCUGUGAACUCAAAGAACAUUUUCAUGGAAAUCAUUUCGGAAACAUAAUUUCAUAAUGUCCCAGAAGUCAAAAGUAUGUUUGCGCAUGUGCUUGUUUAAGCCAAAUUAAAGGAUGACCAUCCCGCACUAAAAGCAGAACUUCACAGAUCUAAGGCUCUGCACUAUGGCUUCACACGUGCUUCACGGGGUUUAACACUGUCUAUUUGAGUGUUUUCAUUUGUAAUGUACAUGAGCUAUGUUAGAGUUGAUUUUACCACCAACGGCUUAUAUUUAUUAUUUUUUCAUAAUAUGUAUUUAGUAAAAAAAUAACUGAGUAACAGCUCAUGUAAUGUCUCAUUUAAUGUGGUAAAAGGUCUUCCUUAAAUACCGAUUUCUUAGGUCACGCCAUAUUUAAUCUUUAUAGUUUGUCAAAGCACUGUAGAAGAAAGCUGGUAUGAAAUGGACUAAAACUGUUCUUAGCUUUAGUGCUUAUUAUUUUUAUAUCUUUUUCUUCUACUAUAUCGCACAACAUGCGGCGCGCCUUUUUCUCUGAAAAUUAUAUUUGUUUCACUUUAAAACCAUUUAAAAAGGGUAGCCCAUAUGGCACAAUAAUAUUUAUUAAAGAGAGAUGCAUAUGCUUGGAAUAAUUAUAAUUCAUUGGCAAGUUGAUAGCAUUGCUGCAUGUAUGUAGUAAUACUGCUGUUGUUCUCUGACCUUCAUUGGGGCCUAUUGGUUAAUGGUACAAGUGGCCAAUCAACAAAGUAUAUGGUAGGCCUAGGCAAUUGCUUGGCUCUCAGUGAGCUUUGCUAGAAAUACUUAUUAUCUGGCCUAUUGUGUUAUAUAGCAAACAGUAGACAUGCAGAUAUUGAUAUAAAUAUUCAAUGUGUAGUCUUCUUUGGCAGAAUUCCAGGUAGGCUGCAGUACUUGUUGGUAUAUGGGGUUGUACUAUAACUUGCUUUGUCUGCAUCCAAUAGUCACAUGCAAGCAAGUUGGAAACCAUGAUAGGAAAAAAUUUAAUUACAAUUAAUUACAGAUUUUCUUCACACUAUCAUAGAUGUUCUCAUUACAUUAAAUAUGGUGACUCCACUCAGCAAAACAGCUAUUCCCAUUGUUAGCUCAAGUCAAUUUCUGUUGGGGCUAGUCAUUCCCUAUUUAGGACCCUGGUUACAAUGCAAUACAUGCUGCCGCAUGGUGCCAGCCACUGGACCCAUAAUUAUGUCUACCAAUUCAUUCAGUUCAGGAGAAUAUUUGCAUUUUACUAUUAUCCUAAUUGCAAAAUUACAAUAUUGACUUAACAGGGUUUUCCUGGGAGUUUGCAAUUUAUGACAUCAGAUUGGUGGUGAUCCCACACCCUGCACCAAUCAGCUGUCUUUAGGAGAUGCAGCAACCGGAACCAAACGCCAGAACACCACAGUUUCAUAUACUGUGCAGUGGCUGUGUCUGAUUCCUGCUGUGCUGCUCCUAUUCAAGUAAAUAAUACUCUAAUAGUUAUUAGAAAGCAAAUUCCUUUUUUAAUUCCCCAUAAUCACAAAAAUCUACAGCUUUUUAAAAUAAUGCACCAUAAAUUACAAAAACACAUAUUGGAUAAUUUAUCAAGACUGGCAUUUGUAAGCAAGACUUGAUAUCCCCCUGCACUGCCAGAAGAUGCACAAAAUUUAUGACGCGGUGCAAGCCUUGUCAUAAAUUAAAGGGUCACUAACUUUUCACACAAUUUCACCCCCAAAGAUCUAAACUGUUGAUAUGUCUCUAUGACUUUUGCUAAAUGUUAGUGACCCUUUACAUACUUGUGCCUUGAAAUCUACGUCAGCUUGUAACAAGGUAGCAUGAUAGAUCAAGUCUUUGCCACCAUUUAAAAGGAAAACAUAAAAAAAAACAUAUGGAAUACUGGUUCACCAUACUAUAUACGCUAUUCACAAAAAGUUAGGGAUAUUUGGCUUUUCGGUGAAAUUUAUGGAAAACUUAAAAAGUUUAUGCUACAGUGAUAUUAUUUUAUGAAAGUAGAACAUUUAAGUAGACACAUGCAACGCUGAUUUUCUCAUCUCAAACAAUUUAUUGAGACAAAAGCCAACAACAGUGUUGGGUAUAUCCCCACAAAAAAUAGCAAUGUCUCAAUAACUUAUCAUGUGGCCUUUAGCAUCAAGCUUGACAAUGACAUCUCAUGCUGUUCACAUGUCGAUUUAUUGUCUGCUGAGGCAUCGCAUCCCACUCUUCUUGAACAGCGGCACACAGGUCAUUGAGGUUCUGGGGUACAGAGUUAGGAGCCUUUACACGGUGACUCAGCUGGUCCCAUAGGUUUUCAAUGGGAUUCUCAUGGGAACUACUCCAGUCUCCAGCAGCCAUUCCCUAAUAUUCUGACCUCGAUGAACUGGCACAUUGUCGUCCAUGAAGAUGAAAUUAGGCCUGUGUUGCUCAUGCAGAUGCACAAUGACUGGAUUAAUUAUGUUAUUUAAGUAGUAUGGGCUUGUCACUUUACCAUUCACAAAGUGUAGGGCAGUUAUGUAUUGACUAGACACACCUGCCCACACUGUAGCACCACCAUCACCAAAGGCUCACCUAUGGCUGAUACAUAGAACUCUCCUUGAUGUCUCCAGCAUCGUUGGUGGCCAUCAUUUCUGCUCUGUGUCAAUCAACUUUCAUCAGUGAACAGCACUGAGGCCCACUGGUCCCUUGUCCAGCUUAAGGCUCC